AUGGACGACUUUCAGCUGCGUCCCCUGGAGCCCGAUGAUGAGGAGGCGGACGCCCAUAAUGACGAUACAUUCGGCGACGAUGGAGGCGCUGUCGGCGACGACUGGAAGCCGGACGCGAGGGCGGUGGGCGCGUUCGAGGCGAUGCACGCGCGGGUUCGCGGGCCGAAUGUUCAGGGCGCGCGGGGAGGCUCCUGCCCGGAAGAGAGACACCUGGUCUCUGGUGCCGCGUCGCAGCUCGGGGCGCAUUCUUCGCGGCUGGCGGAGAACGAGCGAGAACUGGGUGCUCCCUGUCCGCGUUCCCUGGCUGACGCACACGCUUUUCCGCCGAGAGACAUGCUCGGGCACGCGCGGGGCUUUGAAGAGUCGCCGCUUCCUGCUUUCUUCGACGGUGGACAACCCGGGCCUUCCUCACGCCAUGAUGCGCCUUCCGCGCCUCAGAGACGCGCGGGGCGCGGGCACGAGGCCGAAGACUCGCGCGCCGGCGAAGGCGUCGACUUCUACGAUCAAGGCGCUGCUGGUGCGUACCGACCGCGAGGCGCGCCGUUUCUCGGCCGCCCAGCUCUGUCUCCAGGCGGUGGAGGCGCCCCUUCCUCUGACGCUGCAGGCACGCGCCGGCAGAUGGCGCCCGAAGACAGGCCGGCGUCCGCCGCCGUCUUUCCGCCGCCCCACCUGCCCUCGUCUCGCCGGUCCGCAGCGACUGAGCAACUCGACAAAAUGAUUCUCCUGAAGCGACAACAGCACCAGCUGCAUGGCCUGUCUGGCUCAGCCCACGGGGCGCUGGGGGGUGUGGACGCCUCAGGGGGGCCUGCUCGCCCCCCACGCGCAGGCUCGCCGGACGUCGACGGCCAGCUUCGGGAUCUGGUGCACACGCACCCGCCUCCAGGGGACAGAGGGCGUGCGUCUGCGCCUGCCAGCCAGGGGGACAUUGCCGCUCGAUUCGGGCGUCCGGGCGAGGAAGGCGCGGGCGGAGAGCGCGACGGGCGGCUCCACGCCGGAGCGGACAGGCAGCCUCUGCAGCACGAGUCUGAAGCACAGGGCCACCCGGUGCCGCCCAGCAGAAUUCCCUUCGCCUCGCCCUCUGGAGCGGCGCCGCCGGACGGGUCUGCGCUCCACCCCCACGGCCCGCAGGGGGGAGGCGAGCUCCGCGGGGGCCCGAACGUGGCGCAGGACUCCCUGACGAGUCUGUCAAGCUACUUGGGGUGGCCUCCGGCUGAGGAAGACGAGCGGAUGGUUCAAAACCUGUUGAAGGACGCGAACGUCACGGCCGCGGCUUUGGCGGCGCUUUCCGCAGCGGAGGCGGCAGUGGCUGCGGCGCGCGCCCAGCAGAGAGGAGGCGUGCCGUCCUGCUCAGUCAGUGUAAACGUCUCCUGUUCGUCCUACUCGCAGUCGGGACCCGACGCUGCUCGCGCGGUGCCCGCGUCAGCCUCCACGUACCGCGCGAUGUCGCCGCGCUCUGGAAGCGAGGCUGGCGGUUUUGUGGCGUCGCACUCGCGUCAGGUCCCGUCGCCCGCGUACGAGGAGGGGCGAGAGGGUCGAGACGCGCACCUGGAUGCGAGCCUCGCGCCCCGCCUGCGGCACGCGGGGAUGCCCACGGAUGACGCCGACGGACGAGAUGAGAGAGACCGCUUCCCGCGGCCGUUCGCGACGCCCGGGGCGAGCGCCCCCGGGGCUGCGCUCGAGCGCCUGCCUCACCCCCACGCCGUGGCCCUGGCGGCGCCCUUCGCAGCGGGUGCGAGGAGCUUGCCGCCGCACCAACCCCUCGUGGUGAUGACGGAGGCGGAUCUCCUCAAACUGAUGAAUGUGAAGCCGCUGCACCCGAAGCCUUCUCCGGGCGCAGGUCCAUCCGCGCAUCUGCACGCGCCUCGCGCAGACGAAAGCGCCGGUCUGCGCGGGGGUCCGGAGCCAUUGCCCGCUGCGGGGCUCGUUUCUGGGCCGCAGUACCCUGCCGACGGCUUCCGCCGCGGGACUCGAGGGGAAGACUACGCGCAUAUGCGCGACUCGCGGCCCGCCGGUCGCCAGGGUCCUCCGCCGCCCUAUCCGGAGGACUUCCAUCAGACGUCCGGCGAGCUCCGCAGGCAGAGAGGCGUGGUCGAGCCUCAAGCGCUUGGCAGACGCCCGCAGCAGGGCCGCGGGUCGGGAAUGGGGCGCGACCCUUUUUCGGCGUGCCGCCCUCCGUCGGGGCGCCAGGUGGGGCGACGCCCCUCCGCGGGCGGCCGAGGCGACGGGCGAUCGCCUUCGCCACUGCCUCUCUCCUCGACGACGCCGGCCACGUCGUCUGGGCGCGAGCGUGACGGUCGCGGACGCGGAGGAGACGUUGCAGGCGCGGCGCUGGUCCAGGAAGACAAGGCGCGUGGCGUGGAGCACCAGAGAGCCGUCCUUGCAGCGCUGCGCGCGUCUUCGCUUUUCCCGCUCACGAAAGCCCACCAGGACUGGGUGGUUCGCCAGCGGCUCGCGGACCUGCCCCCCUUUCGUCUUCGCUCGCGCUCUGCAGCUCCCACGCCCGCCCUCAGCGCGGACCGGGGCCCCGCGCCGCAGGCUGCAGCGUCUCUGCCGGCCGGCGCCUAUGCGCGCGCCGGUUCAGGGCGCGGGGCGGCGGGGGUCUCGAAGCCCGCGGGCGGCGGGAAGCGCGAGUGUUUGAUGACGUCGUUCGACUUGGAUCACAUUCUGCGGAUGCAUUUGGCGCAGAUGGCGAAGCUGCCUCAGCUGCAGCGCUGCUCAGGGCGCUGGAACUUUCGAUUCCUCAUGCGCCACCAGCACCUUGGGGCGGGCCCGUCGAGCGCAGCUGCCGGCUCGGCCGCUGGCGGCGGGCGAAGUGCGUCGCCGAUGGAUGGCGCACUUGAGAGGGGGGAGCAGCACGGGUCGUCGGGAGGGGGUAUCUUGGCCACGCUGCCUUCGUCCUCUCUCGGCCUUGAAAAGGAGAUUCUCCGCGUGUUUCAGCGCCAGCAGCAGGAGUACGAGCUGCUGAAGCAGCACCGCGAGGCCUGGGGCGGCAGGGCGAAGGGCGGCGGCCUGACUGAGGUCGGACGCCGGCGCAGAGCGGGCGACGCGAGCGACGAGGAGGAGGAUGAAGCCUUCUCUGACUGGCCACGACCCCCCGCCUCGCUUCCGCUGCAGUUUGUUCAGCGGUCGCAGGCCGGCAUCGGCCUGACGAUCUCGACAAGUCGCCUGCAUCACUUGCUGUUGGGCAGUCUGAGUUUUUCUGACGCAGCUGAACUCCUGCAGCUCUACGUGUCGCCGACGUUGCUGCUGGGCGCCGCGAACUCGAAGCACAAGGCGCUUGGCGACGGCAAGCGAGAGGCGAGUCUCCUCGCGGCGCUGGAGGAGGACGACGAAGAGUUGGCCGUUGAGGGGCGCGGCGACGAGGACAAAGGCGCAGGGGCGCUCACGCAGGUUGAGAAGGCGCAGAGGCGCCUGCAGAAGAAAUUCGGGAAGCAGACGUACUCCACCGUGCGCCAGCCGCGCAACUGCAUCCACCUCGCGCCCUCCGGCGGACAUGCCUUGUCGCAGCUUCACGCGACGCACACGACGACGGGCGCUGCUGAGGAGGCCCUCGAAGACGGCGCAGAGAGAGCCACCGCAGUCAGGCACCAAGGGCGCGACCUCGAGGCGGAGAAAGACGCCAGGGAGGCAGCCACCAAGCGCGUCCGAGCUCUGGUGUGCGGCGUAUCGGCGACCUCUGGCGGCCAGGAAAAGGCCCCUGGGGCGAGCUCUGCAGCGGCAGACGGCGUUCUGGCGCGGCGAGUCGUGGAGGACGCAUACGACUUGUUGCUCGAGGCUGCGGCGCUGCAAACCGAGAUCAUGGAGUGCCCAGCGAGCCACGUGGCGGCGCGCACGCGCCUGCAGGAGCAGCAGCAGCACCUGAUGAUGGAGCUCUUUGAGAUUGUGACGCUUCGUCAUCACUUGGCGGCUGCGGACUCGGCGCUGGCGACUUCGGCGGUCGCGACUCUGUACUUCUUGCCCUUCCUGGUCGACGCGCAUAUUCCGGCGGCCUCAGACAUCGCCACUUACCACUGGCGCUUCCUCCAGCUGCAGCAGCUGCAGCUGGCGGAGAGUCGGCAGCCUGAGCUCCGCGCGCAGCUGGAGGAGCUCCGCGCGCAGUUCUCGGCCGAAAUGGAGCAUGGGCGGGCGUCCUCGAGGUGGAUGCUCGCCGGCGUCUACGCGCUGCCGAAGGGCCGCCGCCUACUGGCGCGUGCACUGCGCCUGAUGCCAGACGCCGCCACCGCCGCGCUGCUACAGAUUCUCCUCUCCUCGCCGGCGAUACUCCGCGACAUUUGCGCGACGGUCGACGCGGUACUGCUGGGCGUGCGCCGCGCGCGGCCGCAGGCGAAGUGCCGCGGCGGCGAGCCCGACAAAGACGGGGCGGAGGGGUCGGCGAGAGACAAGACAGGCCAGGCAUCGAGACACGUCGCGUCUGCGACACUGCUGGACGAGCUGCUUCUUCUUCACGACGCAAGCGUCGCUCAGCGGGGCGGUGGCGCGCACAGAGGGAAGACCCACGAGCUGGUGAGCUCGCUGGUUGAGAAGAGCCACGACGAGAUGGAUGACGACGGCGAGGGGCCUGCGUGCGGCCUCUACUUGCGGCUCGUUUCCCGCCUCCUGCAGCUCUCUAGUCGAGACGGUAGCCCGCGCGCGGCCGCCAUCAGCGCCGCCUUCCUGGUUGGCGUGUGUGAACAAAUGGCGUGGGGAUGGACUGUCGACGAGGCCGCCGAGCUUCUACGCUUCCGGAGCGGCUGCUGUCUCCUCUCGCUGCUUCUCCAGCUGCUGCCGGCCCCGUCCUCGUUGACGGGUUACCAGGAGCGCACUGCGGCUCUCCCGUUCCUGUCGCUCGUGGUUUCUGGCCUCGUGCGGGCGGUGCAAGCGACCGACAAGGAGGCGGCGAACGCCGAGGAGGACAAAAAAAAGGCCCCUGAAGUGCUCCUCCCGUUCAUUCAGACUGUCGUCCAGCAAGCGCGCGCGGAGGAAACUCGAGCCAAAGCUAUAACCGUCGCAGUCAUGGAGCUCCUCGGUGCGGCCGGCGCGCAGGCGAUGUUUUCUUCUUUCCUCAGCUACUCAGCUUGA